UAAAUAAUAAAUCUUUGCAAAUUAAUAGAUAUAAUAUGUCUGAAAUCACAUCAGAGUUCGACGAUUAUAGAAUCACUCCAAGAGUCGACUACAGAACUAUCUUAGAUGUCGAAGGACCCCUCGUUAUCCUAGAUAACGUCAAAUUUCCUAAGUACGCUGAGAUCGUCAAUGUUCGUUUGGGAGAUGGAUCGAUAAGAAAAGGACAAGUCUUGGAAAUUAUGGGUAAGAGAGCAGUUGUCCAGAUUUUUGAAGGAACUCAAGGAAUUGAUAACAUCAAUACCCACAUUGAAUUCACUGGUGACGUCCUGAAGAUGCCAAUUAGUAUUGAAAUGCUUGGUAGAUCAUUCAAUGGAUCAGGAGUUCCCAUCGACAGUGGACCUCCUGUUUUGGCUGAGAAAUUCUUGGAUAUUAAUGGUCAACCAAUUAACCCAUUCCAGAGAGUAUAUCCACAAGAAAUGAUUGAGACUGGUAUUUCUGCUAUUGAUGUCAUGAACUCAAUUGCUAGAGGACAGAAGAUUCCUCUCUUCUCUGCUGCUGGUCUUCCACAUAAUGAAAUCGGAGCUCAAAUCUGCCGUCAAGCUUCUUUGGUUAAUAAAGAAGGUAAAGAUGUACACGAUAAAUCAGAGGAAAAUUUCUCAAUUGUGUUCGGUGCUAUGGGAGUCAACAUGGAGACUGCCAGAUACUUCAAGACUGACUUCGAAGUCUAUGGAUCAAUGGAUCGUGUCGUCUUAUUCAUGAAUCUUGCUAAUGAUCCUACUAUUGAGAGAAUCAUUACUCCAAGACUUGCUCUCACCACUGCUGAGUACCUUGCUUAUGAAUGUGACUUGCAUGUAUUGGUAAUCUUGACUGAUAUCUCCUCAUACGCUGAUGCUUUGAGAGAGAUCUCAGCUGCUAGAGAAGAAGUACCCGGGAGAAGAGGAUACCCAGGAUACAUGUACACCGAUCUCUCUACCAUCUACGAAAGAGCAGGAAGAGUGGCAGGCAAGAGUGGAUCAAUCACUCAGCUCCCAAUUUUGACAAUGCCUAAUGAUGAUAUUACCCAUCCAAUCCCAGAUCUGACUGGAUACAUCACAGAGGGACAGAUCUUUAUUGAUAGAAACUUGCAUAAUAAGAAUAUUUACCCUCCAAUCAAUGUGUUGCCAUCUUUGUCAAGAUUAAUGAAGUCUGCUAUUGGAGAAGAGUUCACAAGAGAGGACCACCCAGAAGUGUCUAAUCAGCUCUAUGCAUUCUAUGCUAUGGGAAAAGACACUCAAGCUAUGAAGGCUGUUGUCGGAGAAGAAGCUCUAUCAGAUGAUGACAAGCUCUACUUAGAAUUCUUGGAUAAAUUCGAAGGUGAAUUCUUGACACAAGAUCCUCUUGAGAAGAGAAAUAUUUUCAAAUCUCUGGACAAAGCAUGGGACUUACUUAGAAUCUUCCCAGAGAAAUUGUUAAAGAAAAUCAGUCAGGAAAACUUGAAGAAAUAUUACGAAAGAGGUGAGCAGAUGCUCCGCAAAAACCUUGACAAUAAAAGGGAAAGAGUUGAAGAAGAGAAAAAAGAGUAG